AUGGUAGAUCCUUCAGAUGAAAAAAAUGUUCCCAACAUCGAACCCGUUCCCUGGAUCGUCCAACCCCCAAGCAAGACCGCUAUCUGUCACGUCGACUACCCCUUGGGAGAUACAGCGGAGCUCUAUGUCGUCCCGAUCACUGUCAGCAGACAGAACAAGACCGAACAGUCAAACCCCAUCAUAAGCCAGAAACUGCGACGCAAGGCCAUUACUGAGUACCUCACGCUGCAUGACUUCCACGACCGCUGUGCACUUAAACUCUGGGCUCAGAAGAAAGUCGCCGCACAAGAAAACGCCGAUAAUUUAGUCUGGCCUAUCGACGAGCUCGUGUUUUUCGCAUCCGACCAAGUUCGUGUGGAUAGUCUCCCGGACGAGGCGAAGCAAGGCACUAUCCUGAAGAACACACUCGCGACAAUCAAGGCAUCCGAUGGUACACCAAGAAAAGAGGCUAUCCGUUGCGCACUCGACUUUGCCCAGGGAAAGAAACUAUCAGCAGAAGGCACCGACUGCACGGGAUACUGGAAAAAGGUAGAGCUUCUUGUGCGCAAGUUUGGCCCCACCAUGCCCUCCAAGGACGAUAGCCGUGCAACGGGAUUCAAGAUGGGUACUUUACUCCAAGAGGCCAUCAAACGGACGCACGAGAAAGAAGCUACCCCCGCCCGAUUCCCGAACUUUCAGACUACCAUCAAAGGAGCUGAGCAACUCAAGAUUCUGUUUCGCACAACGUUGAAGCUCGAUCCUGACCACCGAAAGCUUCGCGCCGAGGUCGAUCUUGUUCCUGGCAUCAAGGGUGCCAUGGAUCUACAUGAUCUCAUCGCGAGAACCUUUGGUCCCGGCUCACUAGAUGUGGGCAACACUCAGCUCUUCCAGAACGUCCGGACGAUGCUGAUAGGUCUUGCCGUCGUCCGCAAAUACGAACCGGGGUCUCAACCAGGCUCCAGCUCAUUGGGUCAAGCGACUGGUAUGUCACACGACAGCGGAUCCAUGGAGUACAGUCCCUCAAGCAAAGGCAAGCGUGCUGCUUUAUCGCCCAUGUCUACUUCUCAAAGAAACUCACGUGCAACAACAAGAGUCGGCUUGGGAGGCAGUAGCAAUGCAGAACGCCCCACUCCGAGCUUCCCAGAGUCCGUCAUUGUUGAUUUGCAGCCGGCGUCUCGAGUUCCGGCCUUCUGGAAGGAUGGCGAGAGAUGGACGGUUACUCAGUAUCUCUUCAAGACAUACCCCCAACUGAAGGAAACUAAGCUCCCCGGAUCGCCGCUCGCCAAUAUCGGGAAAGACACCUGGGUGCCACUCGAAUUCCUCAAGACGGCCGGGGAGGCAGCUUCAGUACAGCAGGUUCCAGCUGUAGGCCACCUGAUAGCUUCGCUAAAAGGACAUCGAGCGAAAUAUGACCUAGCUGAAAAUGAGGGGCGCUUGGUCGAAUUCCUCAACGAUCAAAUGAAUGGCAUGCGAAGGCGCCACGAGGGUAUGAAGCUACUCGUGGAUAAAGACAUCGGAGAGAUGAACUCGCUCAGGUUCCCAUCGAACGAGACAAAACGCGUCGAUCGCAACCCUGUGGAGGGACCUGAGACUGGCGCCACGAUCAAAUGCGGCAUCAUCUAUGUUCGACCCAAUGGAAUGCGCUCCACAGACUUCGAAAGCUUCGCGAAGUCGCUUGUCACUCGACUGGACGCUCAUGCGGCACUCAACCAGGAGCAGCAGAUUCUCGCGUUAGAUUUGUCACACACGAGCCCUAUCGCCUGCAUUCCUGACGUCAAGUCGCUCCUGGUACUGCGUGAAGACACUAUCGAGGAGAUAAGAGCGUUCUACGACAGCAAAGUUGACACCAUCAUCGCCGUGGUAGAUGAGCGGGGUCGAAACAAGCAAGAGGUUCGUUACAUUCGAGCAGAACUACAAAAGUUCGGCAACAGAAAGCUUGGCGCAGUCGUGCUUUGUGUCAAUAGAAAGCACCUCGAGCCUGGAGCCGACCAAACAACAGGACUUCCUGCGCCUCUUCCUCUCGGUAUCUUGCAGAAGCUGAACGCCCUGCAAGGCGACCCCAAUUUUGUCCCCGAGAAGCUGCUCAAUUUGGAGACAGCAAACAAGAGAUUGAUGAUUGUAGGGGCUCACAUUUCACACUCUGGAUCCGCUGCCGCCGCUAGUUGCCCCUCAGUCGCCGCGCUUGUUGGUAGUGUUGACGAAGCACUGAUACAUUACACGACUAGUGCCCGAUUACAGACGACAUUGAAGGUUACUUCCUGGAAGAAAGACUGGGGAACCUCCGAAUUGAAGUACGAAGUCGAAUCGCAGAUCCUUGAUCUUAGCAGCAUGAUGCGCGAACGGAAGCAAGGGGCUACGAACGCGCCACAUAUCGUGUUCUACCGCCAUAGCAAUCAGUCCAACAGCGAAGACGUUGUGCAGAGAGAAAUCGCUGCAAUUGAAGCUGCAUGCAAGGUAUUCACUUGGGACGAUGGCAAUACGACCACCUUCGACUAUGUGCUGGUCAACAGGAACGCCCACGUCUUUUCGUCAUACCGCAAUAACCCCAGCGAAGAAUUCUCCCCGAACGCCGCGCAUGAGUUCAACAUCGCUGACAGUGCUGGGCAAGCUGGAUACAAGUACCAAUACUACGUGUGGGACACGCCUGGCAAACUCCUCACCGGUGAGCAAUGCAAGAUUCUCACACGCCAUCUCAACUCGAACUUCCAGCAGAAGAACGCUGAACUCGCUAUCGCACUUCCGGUUCAUUACGCACAGAAGCUCGCCAAGCGAACGUACGACUACUUUCUUUUCGCUACCACAAACCAGUACGACCAGCUUUCGAGCGUGCAGCGACGAUUGGAAUUCUCCGACGAAAAGACAUACCAGAACGAUCAAAAGAUGGCAGAUAUGAUGAACGAGUAUCUGCUUGCUUACGGCAAAGUUGAAGCGCGCGUGAAAACGCAGCCAGGUCGAAAGAACCCUUGGAUGUCACAGCUUGACGACAAGAUGUUCUACCUCUAG